AUGAUGACGGCACCCGUCUCCUUUGCCCCUACUACGGAUACCAUGGACCGCCGUGGCUACGGUAUUACCAAGACCAAGAAGACAACCUCUACUGGUGGUGGACGGGCAUGGAGCGAGGAGGAGGAAGCAUAUCUCAUCAAAACUCGAAUGCAAAAGAUGCCCUACAAGCACAUUGCUGCCCACCUGAAGAAGACGGAGCUUGCCUGCCGCUUGCACUUCCAUCAGCUCAGCCAUGGUAGCAACCGUCGGAAGCGCACAUCUUCACUGUCUUCUCACGGUUCCAACCAGUCACCUGCCAUGCGUGGUACCGAUGCAUCACCGGUUCGUGAGCUUGAUGCUGCGCCCAGCCGCUCGGUGUCGCCUUCAGGGUCAACGCAUUCCUACAGCUCCACCAGCCCGAACGCUGUUCAGCUUCCUAGCAUCAUGUCCACGGCUAGCUCAACCAACACAUCACCUCGUCUGCCAGCUAUUCUACCUAAGCCAGCCGCCAUGAGCCUGGGCUUGCCUGCCAUGUCUCGUUCUGCUAGCAGGUCUACAUCCCCCACAUCAUCACACGCCUACACGUCAUCCCUACAUCCUCACAGUGCCACCUCUGGGUACCGAUCCACACCGACCAGUUCUCAUGGAUCGCUUCGUCUCGAUUGUUCUGCCUUGCCACGGCUGCCUACUUCGGCAGCUACCCCAGCGACCUUUUCUUCCAGCCAGCCGGUCGAUAUGAGCCGACUCUCUGCAGUGUACAACGCACACCGGGCAUCCUUCUGGGCCUCGGUAGCUGCUGACUAUGGCAACGGAGUCAGUCCAACGGUGUUGGAGCAAGCAUGGCGCAGAGGAAGCAACAGUGGUCAGACACCCGUCACUCCUGUUGGAAGUCCAGAUGAUCAGGUCUAUACGCUCCCUCAAAUCAAGCCUGACAAGACUAGGAUCAGUGCCAUUCUAGGCAUUGAUGCUAACCCCAGGAGUCCGCGGGAGCGGGAGAUGGUGAGGAGGUUGGAGGAGGAGAGGUGUUCCCUUGGCAUGGUUGGCGCAUGAUAUCUUUAUUGGGCUCCUGACCCAGACAGGGUACCCAAGUUUUCUUUUCUGUCAUGUAUGAUUUGAUGUUCUCUUAGUCUGGGAUCAGUGGCUGUGAUCAGGAUAUAGGUGGACCUUUGUUCUUUUCUUUACUGUCGUUUCUCUUGGAUUCUUUGGGAGUUUUGGGUUAUCGUACCAAAGGGAACGGUAAAGGAACGGGUAUGAAAGCAUGACACUUGUACGAAAAGGAAACUUGCUGUGACUGCUCAACCAAGCUUUCACACACAGUUUUACGAUGGAACAUGUAUCGGGCAGGUUAUUGACGGAAUAUGGGCUGGCGUAUA